CACACUUCAGUUGUCUCCCUUCCGCGGAUUCUUCCAACGAUUCUCCCAAAAGGCGGUUGAGCAAACUUCACAUGCGGAGAUGCUGUCAGUUUUACUUUGAAUCUCGACGGGGAAGGUCGCGGAAGUUUUGCAUCGCGCAUCAAUUUUCUGUUAAUUUAACCCUUUUCCAGUGGCUAUUUUGUGCAAUAAUGUUGCAGUGGUGCGCUUCAAGUUACCCUACAUCAGGUUUUGAAGUGAAUUGAGUGGGGAAAAGGGUGUAAAAAGUGAGAAAAUUGCGCGACUUCUUGGAGGCGAUCUACAGGUGUUGAGAGAGAGAGAAAAAGGUGUUUGUGUGUGUGUUGCAGCUUCAGUUUUCUUGGAGCAACAAAAUUCCAAAGCCUACUACACAACAUUAGCCAGAUAUUUCUCAUUGAGACAUUUCGUAAUGCGAUAUGGAUAAUACUUUGUGCUGCAAUUCAGCCGGAGAGUGAGUGCAAUGACGUGAUUUGAUUCCUUGUCCACGAAAAACUGCCCUCGGGAGUGAGAGUGUGUGUGUGUUGAUGAAGAGCCGUGGCCUGGAGGACAGAGGAACCUCCGGCAAACUCAGUGUCAAGAGAGUUUGAGGAAAAUUCAGGGGGGAAAAGUGCUAAGACUUUUGUGAGAUUUAAUAGAUCAGAGGAAGUGCUGAAAAGGGUCAGGUGACGGAGGAACAGGAAAGGGACUGCAAGACUGCUUCGAGGGCGAGUCACUGAUCACAAGAUGGAGGAGAGCGAACGAUCUUGCCGAUACAGAAUUUUCACCUUCGUGCUCUUCUGCUUUUUAGCACUAGGCCACACGAAAGCUGAAAAUCCACAUCAACUGCAAUCACCAAGAUUUACAACACAACCAUCAUCAUUUGCAUCAAUUGUUAGUGAGGGACGAACAAAAAUUCUUCAGUGCUAUGCUACAGGUACCCCAACACCAACUUAUCGAUGGCUUAAAGAUGGUGUUCCCGUGGGUGACUUCACAACUAGUCAGUACUACAAGAUGCACAUUACAAGACGCGAAGAUGCUGGAUCGUAUCAGUGCUUGGCAAAAAAUGACGCUGGUACAAUUUUCAGUGAGAAAAUUGACGUUACAGUUGCAUAUAUGGGAAUUUUUGAGGAUUUGAGCGAGAGGAGUGUGUCUGUGCAUUCGGGAAAUGCAGUUGUGUUGAAUUUGUCACCAAUUGAAUCGGUUCCGCAGCCGUCUGUGACGUGGCAGACGGAGGAAGGUCCUCUGAAUUAUGGCAUAAAAUAUGCCGAAACGACACAGAAUCAGUUAAUAAUUCUCAGUGCUGAGGAGGAGGAUCAGAGGGCUUACCGAGCCAGGGCUAUUAACACGCAACUGGGAAAGGAAGAGAAUAGUGCAUUUAUUCAUGUUAAUGUCACGGGAGACACCUUGGCUGAAGUGCCGCCGGAAAUAAUUGUUCAUCCCGAAAGUAUGAAAGUUGUUAGGGGUCAGCAGUUGAUUAAGUUGCAGUGUAUUGCUAAUGCAAGGCCACUGUAUCAACUUGUGACGGUUUGGUUGAAAGAUGGGCUUCCAUUGGAAUCUGCCGGGGUUACUUUCAAUCUCGAUGAUCCUUGGAAUCGAACCCUAGCCCUAUUAAAUGCCAAUCUUACCUAUACUGGGCAGUACAGCUGUCAGGUUAGCAUGAGGAGUGGAGAGUAUCCUACAAUCAUUUCAACAGCCACAAUUGUGGUUCAGGAACCUCCUUCCUUUGCCACUCCGUUCCGAAGUGAGACUGUAGGGGACUAUGGGGUCCGAAUGGAACUUCCUUGUGAUGUUAUUGGUGUUCCUCCGCCCUAUGUAACAUGGUUCCGGAAUGCCGAAGCUCUAGACAUGUCCACAGAUCAAUACAGUGUGAGAGAUGAUAAUUCUCUGGUGAUCAAGAAACUCACGAUGGAUGAUUCAGCAAUGUUCCAGUGUCUCGCAUCAAAUGAAGCCGGUGAGAAAUCUGCAUAUACGUGGCUCAAAGUCAAAACAUCAACACCUAUAUUGGAGCAAGCACCGGAAAAUGUCACGGUCUUGGAUGGGAAAGAUGCAACAAUUCAAUGUCGUGCUGUAGGUGCUCCAACGCCAAAUAUCACGUGGAUUUACAAUGAAUCAAUGCCGAUUGAAGUGUCUGGACGAGUGCAAGUGCUCGAUUCUGGGGAUUUGCUCAUAUCAAAUGUGAGGGAAUCCGAUGCUGGACUGUACACAUGCUCCAGAUCCAAUGAGGCGGGAACUGUUGGUGGUGAAGCGUAUCUUUCUGUGAUGGUGAGAACCCAAAUAAUCCAGCCUCCUGUAGACACAGUGGUCCUCCUGGGUCACACGGCUGUGUUGCAGUGCAAAGUAUCAUCAGAUCCAUCUGUUCCUUUCAAUAUUGACUGGUAUCGGGAUAUUCAAGUAGCUCCAAUUGGCAAUAGCCAGAGAAUUGGGGUUCAACCCGAUGGUAGUCUGGAGAUACAGGCUGUGAGAGCGUCCGAUGUUGGUACGUACUCCUGCAUGGUGACAUCUCCAGGAGGGAACGAAACCAGAUCUGCUCGUCUCAGUGUCAUUGAGUUACCCUUUGCACCGACAAACAUCAAAGCUGAGCGUCUUGAUACAUUUACGCAGAGGGCAGUGAAUGUAUCAUGGACACCCGGAUUUGAUGGCAACAGUCCCGUUCUGAAGUUUAUCGUGCAGAAACGAGAGGUGUCUGAACUAGAAAUUCCAGGUCCCAUCCCAGAUCCUCUGCUCAAUUGGGUGACUGAACUCAGCAAUGUGUCGUCUCAGCAGAGAUGGGUGCUAUUGACGAAUUUGAAAGCAGCUACUGCUUAUCAGUUUCGCGUUAGUGCAGUGAAUAGUGUAGGGGAGGGUUCUCCAUCGGAAUCAAGCAAUGUUAUUAACCUGCCCCAGGAGUCUCCUUCUGGUCCUCCGGUUGGAUUUGUGGGUUCGGCUAGGUCGUCAUCUGAGAUAAUAACUCAGUGGCAGCCACCGCUCGAGGAGCAUAGAAAUGGUCAGAUACUAGGUUACAUCAUUAGGUAUAGGCUGUAUGGGUACAAUGAUAGUCCAUGGACUUAUCAGAAUAUCACAAACGAGGCUCAGAGGAACUAUCUCAUCCAGGAGCUGAUUACAUGGAAGGACUAUGUGAUACAAAUCGCGGCGUACAACAAUAUGGGCGUUGGGGUGUAUACAGAUGGUGCUAAAAUAAAAACGAAGGAAGGAGUUCCGGAGGCUCCGCCUACAAAAGUUAGGGCCUUCGCGGUAAAUUCCACAAGUGUCAGAGUUAGAUGGAAACCUCCGAAUCCGCAGCAGAUCAAUGGAAUCAAUCAAGGAUACAAACUCCAGGCCUGGCAGUAUGGUAUCUACGACGGAGAGGAGCAUGAGAUUGAAGCAAAGAUGAUUACAGUUCCGCCUAGUUUGCUCGAUCCGCUCGCUGAACAGGAAGCUGUGAUGACGGGUCUGGAGAAGUUUACUGAGUACAAUAUCACGGUUUUGUGUUUCACUGAUCCUGGAGAUGGGGUUCGAAGUGAGUUUGUCUAUGUGAAAACAAGUGAAGAUGUUCCGGAUGAAGUUGCAUCGUUACAGUUUGAUGAUGUAUCAGAUCGAGCUGUUAAAGUUUCAUGGCAUCCUCCAAAGAAUAUCAAUGGACUUCUUCUGGGAUAUCAAGUUCGGUAUCAGAUAAAAGAUCGUCCGGAUACGCUAAAAGUGUCCAAUUUGACGUCUGAUCAAAUGAGUCUCAGAGUACAGGAUCUUCAAGCGACGACACAUUAUUGGUUUGAAGUGACGGCCUGGACAGCGGUGGGAGCUGGAGUUCCCCGGACGGCUACAAUGCAAUCUGGUGUGGAGCCGGUUCUUCCGCAUCCGCCCACACAACUGGCUCUGUCCAACAUUGAAGCCUUCUCGGUGGUUCUCCAGUUCACACCGGGCUUCGAUGGGAACUCUUCCAUAACGAAGUGGACAGUUGAAGCACAAACGGCUAGGAAUAUGACAUGGUUUACGGUGUACGAAAUAUCGGAUCCUGAAGCGUCAACUCUAACUGUUACGAAUCUUGUACCCUUCACUCCCUAUCGGUUGAGACUUGUCGCGACGAAUGUGGUUGGCCCAUCUGAUCCUUCAGAACCUACUAAAGAUUUUCAGACUAUUCAAGCGAGGCCGAUGCAUCCGCCGUUUAAUGUGACGGUGAGAGCUAUGAGUGCUACGGAAUUGCGUGUUCGGUGGAUUCCUCUGCAACAGACGGAAUGGUUCGGAAACCCACGAGGCUACAACAUCACAUACAAGAGUACAGAAUCAAAAGCACCAGCUCUAAGCGCCUUGAUUGAAGAUCACACGGCCAAUAGCCAUGUUUUGGACAAUCUAGAAGAAUGGACGAUCUAUGAAGUCACCAUGAAUGCUUGCAACGACGUCGGAUCAUCUAGGGACAGUCCUAAGGCUAUUGAAAGGACCCGAGAAGCAGUUCCUUCUAUGGGACCACUAGAAGUUGAUGCCAACGCAACGUCGUCAACGACAAUCGUUGUGAGGUGGUCAGAGGUGCCGAAAGAACAUCAGAAUGGUCAGAUUGAUGGGUACAAAGUCUUCUACGGUGCUGCUGGACGAGGUCCAGUCCUGUUCAAGACCAUUCCCAGUAAUUCAACUUUCACCACGACCCUAACGGAAUUGAAGAAGUACGUGGUGUAUCACAUUCAGGUUCUGGCAUAUACACGUCUGGGAGACGGUGAACUCAGUGUUCCACCGAAUAGAGUUCAGACCUUUGAAGAUACUCCAGGAGCUCCGUCAAAUGUCUCGUUCCCAGAUGUCUCGUUCAGCACGGCAAGGAUCAUUUGGGACGUUCCGGAUGAACCGAAUGGGGAAAUCCUUGCCUAUCGUGUAACGUAUUCCCUAAAUGGAUCUGUCAAUCUCAACUUUAGCCGAGAGUUUCCGCCAUCUGACCGAACUUUCAGAGCUACUCAACUUCUUGCCGAACGAUAUUAUAUCUUCAGUGCUACAGCUCAGACUCGGUUAGGUUGGGGUAAAACGGCUGCAGUUCUUGUGUAUACAACGAACAACAGGGAGAAACCGCAACCUCCUUCUGUGCCUCAGAUCUCGCGAAGUCAAGUCCAAGCGCAUCAAAUCACAUUCAGCUGGACUCCUGGUCGUGAUGGUUUUGCCCCAUUGAGGUAUUACACGGUUCAGUUGAGGGAGAAUGAGGGACCAUGGACCUCCCUCCCAGAACGAGUUGAUCCAACUGUGACGUCAUAUACAGCGACAAAUCUAAAGCCGUAUACGACUUAUCAGUUCAGAAUUCAGGCUACCAAUGAUCUAGGCCCUUCGACCUUCAGCAAGGAGAGCAUUGAGGUUCGGACCCUUCCUGCUGCUCCGGCUAAGGGAGUAUCUGGGGUUAGGGUUGUUCCCAUCACGAUUACUAGUGUCCGUGUUCAUUGGAGUCAGUUGCCUAAAUCGCAGUGGAAUGGAGAUUCGGUUACUGGAGGGUACCGUGUUAUCUUCCAACCGAUUUCUGACUUCCCAACAGCACUGCAGGCCACUCCAAAGCAGGAUGUUAUGGGGAUUACGUCUGAGAGCGUUAUUCUGAGUGAUCUGACGCAGGAUAGAAAUUACGAAAUUGUAGUGAUGCCGUUCAAUUCACAAGGAACUGGACCUCCAUCACCCCCAGUUGCAGUCUAUGUAGGAGAAGCUGUGCCAACAGGGGAACCAAGGGGAGUUGAGGGAGCUCCAGUGUCAUCAACGGAAGUUCGACUGAGGUGGAAAGCACCUCAGCAAGGUCUCCAGAAUGGCGAUUUGCUUGGCUACAAGAUCUUCUAUCUUGUAACGGAAUCGCCGCAGGAGCUAGAAGAAGGUCGGAAGCAUGAGGAGGAAAUUGAAGUUGUCCCAGCUUCAACAACGGCUCACAGUUUGGUUUUCCUGGACAAGUAUACGGAGUACAGGGUUCAGAUUCUGGCCUUCAAUCCGGCUGGAGAUGGUCCACGUUCCACUCCCAUUACAGUCAAAACUCUCCAAGGACUUCCCGGACCACCGAUCAAUUUGAAGUUCACUGAUAUCACAAUGCAGAGUCUCAAGGUGACUUGGGAUCCGCCGAAGAAGAGGAAUGGGGAAAUCCUCGGCUACAUUGUGACUUAUGAGACCACGGAAGAGAAUGAUAAAUUCAGCAAACAGGUGAAGCAGAAGGUCACUGGAACGAAUCUUUUGGUGCAGAAUCUGGAGGAGGAGGUGACAUAUACAUUUGCCGUGCGUGCCCAAACUAUCGAUUAUGGACCUCCAGCCAGUGGAAAUGUAACGACUGGACCACAGGAAGGUUCCCCUGCCACUCUCAAAGAGUUAGUCCUGUCGAAAACGGUAUCGAGCGUGGAUAUGCAUUGGAUUAAUGGACCGAGUGGGAAGGGACCAAUUCUUGGGUACUACAUCGAGAGCAAGAAGCGAGACAAUGAGAAUUUGUACAAUUAUGACCAACGAUGGGAAACUGUGACACGCACAACAAGUGGAACUCUACAGGAAUUUACAGUUAGCUACCAGAGUUUGCUUCCUUCUACAGCCUACACUUUCAGGGUGAUUGCCUACAACAAAUACGGCAUUUCCUAUCCUGCCUACUCCAAAGAUGCCAUUCUAACGCCUUCGAAGCUGUAUCUGGAAUAUGGAUAUCUCCAGCAGAAACCUUUCUAUCGACAAACAUGGUUUAUGGUUGCUCUGGCAGCUACUUCCAUCGUCAUCAUUAUAAUGGUUAUUGCUGUACUCUGUGUCAAGAGCAAGAGUUACAAGUACAAACAAGAAGCUCAGAAGACUCUUGAGGAAUCCAUGGCGAUGUCCAUUGAUGAUCGUCAGGAGUUAGCUCUGGAACUCUAUAGAUCUCGCCAUGGAGCUGGAGGAGGUACAAUAACGUCCGGAACGGCCACAAUGGCCAGUGGGGGAACCCUGGGAAGACGGACACUUGGAACUUUGGGCCGUAAAUCGGGCCAUUCAUCUGCUGGAGCUGCAGCCCUGGGAAAAUCACCACCCAGGCCUUCUCCGGCUUCUGUAGCCUAUCACAGUGACGAAGAGAGUCUCAAGUGCUAUGAUGAGAAUCCUGAUGACAGCAGCGUCACAGAGAAGCCAUCAGAAGUCAGCUCUAGUGAUUCUCAAAAUUCGGAGAGUGAGAAUGAAAGUGUGAGGUCUGAUCCGCACUCUUUCGUGAAUCACUAUGCCAAUGUGAAUGAUUCACUGAGGCAGAGUUGGAAGCGACAGAAGCCCGUGAGAAAUUACUCGAGUUACACGGACUCAGAGCCAGAAGGCAGUGGCGUUAUGAGUCUCAAUGGUGGUCAGAUUAUUGUGAAUAAUAUGGCGAGAUCUCGAGCUCCAUUGCCGGGAUUCUCGUCAUUUGUCUGACCACCGGCCGAUGAUAGCGCCUAGCAGAGGAGCUUCUCAUGUGAUAAUCUUCAAAGUGAACUUAUGAUAUGAAAUCGCGAAUGAGUGUUAACUCACACAAGAAAUCUUUUUUUUUUUGUGGUUGUACAUAAAUGCAAAACAAACUCUUAGGCACUUAUCAUAAUCUCCACACCAACGAGAACGAAUUGAAAAAAAACAAUCAAAAUUUCUCAAUUAUUUACUUAAUUAGCGUCUAAUGAUUAAUUUAAUCACUUUUUAAGUGAUAUAAGUAGACUUUUUUAUAUUAUUUUAUUUUAUUUAGUGACUUUUACAAAAGUAUAGCAUUUAAAAUUCAUUCUUCAUUGAGCAAAAAUGAGUAUAGGAGAAAAGAAAGGAAGAAAAAAUAAUUGACUGAGUAUUUGAAUAGUAAUUUAAUUGUUCUUAGAGAGAGAGAGAGAGUAUUUAGUAAAAUACGUUUUAGGAAUAUAUAAAAAAGAAGAAAAAAACAUUGAAAAGGAAAAACUUUUGUACAUAAUACUUUCAAUGCUUUACAUUGUAAUAUUGACGAUAUUCGUGCAUUUAUGAAGAAAGUAUGUUCUCAUUGAAAGAAACAUUCUUAUCUUUUUAAUUAUCAAGAACAGAGUUGGAAAGUAAACUGCCAAAAUUAUUAGAUAAGAUUUCAAUAAUUUCUAAUUUCACAAAAAAGUGAUAUAUUUAACCGUUUUUGAACAAACAAAAUUUAAACAAGGCAAAGAAACAGCCUAAAUAAUUAUGCUGCAAUUAAAUUAAAGAGGAUAUUUUACUAGAAGUUUCUUAAUAAUACAAUCCUUAAGGAAUAAUUUUUCGUCUUCUGUGGAAUAUUUUCUGAAUAUUCGGCAAAGUAAAAGAACACAAAUUGUUCGUUAAGGGAUAAUAUUUCGAAAAAUUUGUGGAAAAGGAGGGUAAGUGUACGUAAUUCCGGCCAGCUUGCAAUUUCGGCCACCUUUUUGUUCCUCGAAUUUCUAUGAAUUUAUGGUUUUUGAAUACUAUAGAGAUUUUACAAUGCAAAAAAAUAACAAAAAAUGUCGCUUUGACGAAUGAGAUGAUGUUAAAAUUACUUUGGAAGAAUUCCGGAAGGGCAAGGAAUUAUGAGAAUGCAUAUUUCGAUCAGGUCGAAAUAUGCCACCAAAGCUAUGUCUAUAUUUUUAUUCAUUUUAAAAUGCAUUUAGAAUGAUUUUAAAUAAAACAAAGUUGAUAAACUAUCUACAAGGUUCCAAGCAAUACUCCUUAAAAAAAACAAUUAAAUAAAAAAAUCAAUUUGUUUUAAAAAAUAUUGCAUUUCAAACUUAAGGCUUUGGCACUUGCAUGCAACUAUGCCGAAAUUUGGUACAGUUACCCUACGAACUUUUACGAACUUUUUAGUGGGUUAUAGGGUAAGUGUGCCAAAUUUCGGCAUAGUUGCAAAUAAGCACCGAAGUCCUAAGUUUGAAAUGCAAUAUUUUUAAUACAUAUUGAAAUUUCUUGUUACUUCCUUUUUGGGAAAAGGAAAAGUUUUUCUAGAAAACUAGUUUAUCAUCUCUGUUUUCUUUAAAUCAGUUCCUAACAUAUUUUAAAAUUAAUAAAAAUAUAGACAUUGCUUUGGGUAGUAUUCCGGCCAUUUUGAGUGUAAUACCGGACACUUUGUUUGUGACCACCUUUUGCGAAGUAACGGAUAGAAAAUUACAAAACGUCAUACAGAACGAGUUUAAAAAUAUUUACUGUAAUACGUUUAUAUGACCCAUAAACCCAGAGAUCUUCCGUAUAAUUUGUCCUGAAGACAUGAAGAGUAGCAUCUCAAAUUUACGCGUAGAUUCCCGUAGCAGUUUUCCCUUCCUGAACUCUUCCAAGGCCUAUUCUACAUCAUCUUUUUCAUAGAGGCUAUGCUUUUUUUAUAUGGACAUUGGAGAACUCAGAAAUUGAAAAAAAAAUAAAAUAAAAUGAAUAAGAAAUAUAGAAAACCAAAAGAUGUUACCGGUAUAGGCAACAUUACCUCACCGGAGAGACAAUCACAAAGUAUCUACUUUUUCACGCGAAAUACACGAUCUAUCUGGGACAUUUCAAACAAAA